CAUCCUCCCAUAGACGCCAAGCUAACUCUCACCCUCAGUACGAUGACACUUCUCCGCAGUUUGUUUUUACGUCUGCAAGAAACAACAAUUCGUGGAGUAGUAUCAGCGACAACAGCGACUACUAUGCAAAUACGUACCACACCACUUCGACAGUGGAUGAUUUUGUGACCAUCACAUUUGAAGGGACAGCGAUAUACCUAUAUGGAGCCAAACGUGGAUCCACUCGAGGCUUCACGGCGUUCCGGAUCGAUGGGCAAAACCCACUUCAUUUCACAGAGCCGCCGUUGGGUCAACCACGACAACUCCUAUGCGCUUCAACGGGCUUGGAUCCAAAUAAUCAGCAUCAGCUAGCUUGGUUCUCCAAUCCUGCCGCAGGGGCGACAGAGUUCGAUAUUGACUAUGCUAUUGUCACACUUAUCGCUCCAGACUCAGGAGAAUCUGACAAUAUAGCGCCAGGUCCGAUAACAAGCGUGAGCGUCAACUCCAUCACAGACCCUACCAUGACCGAUGCCUCCUCCACCUUGACCCCUCAGUCGUCCGCAUCGCUCCAGUCCAGCCUCAUCUUAGAGUCCUCCUCAAGCUCAAUGACCUCGGUUCAGAGUCCCACAUCCUUUGGCACUUCAUUUCCAAGCACCACCGCAUCAACUGGCGCCGUGUACACACCUUCUUCCCCAGCAAACGCCACUGGAGCGGGAAAUUCCCAAGAUACAGGUAGGCCUUGCCUAGAUGCACCUACACUUGGAGAUGACGCUUCCACCGCCUCAUCCGCAGGUGGCGCGCAAGGUUCAAAUACCAACAUUGGGGCAAUAGCUGGUGGAAUUGCGGGUGGCGUGCUGGCAAUAGUCCUUGCUACAAUUCUCAUCUGGUGGCUGUUCUGCCGAGGGAGGCGACGAGCCAGCCGAGCAGGACAUGUUGAUUCUCUGGUCGAGUCGAAGCCCUUGGACCUCGCGGAUGCACCGAGCGGCCAACUUCCUACCUAUGUCCAAUCUCAAGUCGACAAUGGUGAAAUCAUUGCGCAAACGAUAUAUUACCGGUCUCCGACUUCUGGCCCGGAAAAUGAGGCUCAGGUAUUGCCAAUGAUCGAUACGCGACACCCUUUUCUAGUAUCUGGUCACACGACGCUGCCCACAUCCAACUAUCCCUACAGUAUCAACCCACCAUCAUCAGCUGCAUCUGAACCCCACAGUCACGGUAGUCAGACUCCAUUCUGGAUGGGCCGAUCUCCACCUGCGACUCCUUCUUCAAGACAAGGCGCAGCAUCUCGUACGCCCUCUGUACCUGAUAGUGCCACAUUCCAAUACUCUCUGCAUUCUCGAGAUGUAAAGUCACCGACGUCUCUACCAUAUAGAAACUCGACACCGCCGAGCAUUCCGUCAAGCGCUGCUCAAUCGACGUCGGUGGCUUCAGACACUUCUCACUCUUAUCGCAAGCUAUAUCGUAUCUGGGACCAACGCAAUAGGACAGGAGAUGAGAUCAAGGAAUGAUGAGCAUGGUAGACAGCCCGCGCAGCGUUGUUUUUAGCGAAAGGGAUGCGCAAUGCAGGGAACGGCAGGUCCUUCAUGUCAC